AUGUAUAUCGAUGACAGUGCAGCUCCUCCACCAUCUUUUUUGAAUAAUUUCGGCGACAUUGGAACUACCGCAGCGACAUUUCUAGACCUCGAAAAUGAAGCUGGAACGCCUCCAUCAUUUUUGCCAGGCUUUGAAGAUUUAUCCACAACACCACAGCAAGACCUUCUGCUGCAAGAAGACUUCGUUCACGCAAAACCCGGACUCUCAACUGGCGGUAGAUUCCUCGAAUUCGCCGUGAAUCCAGAGCAAAUGAUCCCCGAUUGGGUAAAAAGCGAUGUUCUGAAGAGAGAAAAUCUUCCGAAUGACACGAUCAAUCCACUCCACAACCUAGAAAUGGCAAAUCCACAGUGCAAUCCAUUCCCGUUUUGUGACGAAAAUGGAUGCGAGCAGUGGCAAUUGAUGACGUUAAUAGUUUUUCAAUUGUUAUUAUUGAUGCUUAUUGUGAUCAGUAAUGUAACGAUUAUUUCCGUCAUUUUUGAUAUGAACAAAUCGUCAAGAAAUAGAAGUUAUCGUUCCGCAAACAUCUUCAAACUUUCCCUCGCCCUCGCGGAUUUACUACUCGGGUUGAGUAUACUCCCGCCUUCAUUGAAAAACACCAUCAAUCUUCUCAUCAACGAAGAUUUCCACGAAAAAAUGGCGCAAGAACAAAUCAAUUCUUUCGGCUCCCCAAUCGCGAUCAUCUUCGGCGCUGGAGCCGUCAUAGCCACGAUUGCCUCGAUCUGGUCGAUUUUUGCGGUGCAAUUGGACUUGUUUCUUCGAAUGCGCUGGCCGGUUAAGCAGCACGUGGGCGGGAUUCUCAAUACCAACCGGGCGAGAUGGCUGACCGGACUCAUCUGGGUCUUCGCGAUUGGCGUGACUUUUUCCCUCCUCGGAUUUGGCAUCAACUUUGGUCUCAGUCGAUCGACCCUGUCUUACGGCCCUAUUGCGGAUGAAUACAGUGAAGAAAACGAUCAGUCAACGAAAUUCAUCAUCUUCACCGUUUUGGUCUGGGGCCUUCCGUUUCUGCUGACCCUUCCGCUGGGCGUCUAUUUGGUCGUUUUGAUCAGAAAUGCAAGCAAGAAACUCGCGCUGAGAGCAAAUCAAAGCUAUGUUCGAAGACAUCCAGAUGUCCAGGAUAAGAAAAAGAGCUUGAAGAAGAGUUGGGAGGCGACUUUGAGGACGAUCACUGUUGAGGUCAUUUUCUUCAUCACUUUCGUCCCAUCCAUCGUCGCCCGUAUCCUGUACGCGUACACCGACGGUUGCGACCCAAUCAUCAACACUCUUUCCUUCAUCGCCACUUGCAUCCUCUGCAUUGGCUCCUUCGCCAACCUCUUCGUCUACCAUCUCAUGUGGAAAGACUUCCAGGAGCGACUCACAGCUCUCGUCUGCAUGGUCAAGAAAACCGAUGCCAGCCCGAUCAGCUCGAUCAAAAGUCCAAAAACGACGAGGACGGAAGCCAGCUUAUCGGUCAAAAUAAACAUGUCGUACGACAUCAAACGCGAACUUCCAAUCUAA